CUCGAGUAAUAGGAACACGUGCGAGCAUGUGUCUAUACAUUCAUCCUAAACUUAUUUAUUUUUCUCAGUAAAAAUGUCACCUCAUGCUUUUAUCAGUUUAAAAAUAUUAUCUUUCGUCGUAUUCUUGAUAUUUUACGAAUUUCAUUUUGUGUCUUUAAUUGAAGUUGAAGAAGAACUACGACUUACGGAAGACGAGCACAACAAGCUGGAAAUGCUAAAAAUGAGAGUUGGUCGUAUUCGGGCACAAGACUGGCUUAAAACUGAUCUCGCCCUUCUACGAUGGUUACGAUUUAGCAGGCUAAACGUAGCAGCAGCUGAAACCGCUUUCAAGGAUAACCUAAAAUGGAGGAAGAUUAAUAAAAUAGAUUCCAUCUUACGUGAAGAUUGGUCUUAUUGGGAACGCGAAUAUUAUUUUGAUUGUAGUGCGACCGACUAUACUGGAAGGCCAGUUUGUACGGGAGACAUGUCCACGUGGGAUAUCCGUCAAGCCAUCGUAUCCGGAAAGGGGGACGAAUUGUUCCGGUACAUGAUAAAAACCAUUGAGGACGGAUACUCACGUGUUCGAACAGCACAAGCGAUGGGAUUGAACGUGACACAAUCGGUCACAAUUUUGAAUAUGAACAAUUUCAAUCUCGUUCAGCAUGGAUGCGUGCAAUGUGUGGCUCUGUUCGGAAGAUUUAUUACGGCACAUGACAAAUAUUAUCCGUAUGGAACGCAUAAAGUAAUCGUAAUUAAUGCUCCCCGAGUGUUCGAAGUCGUCCUCAAUAUUGUGAAACCCUUGAUGAGUAAAGAUAGAAGAGAUGCGAUUUUUGUUUUUGGAACGAACGAGGCCGAGUGGAAGGCGGACUUACUUUCGAAUAUUCCAGAAAACGAACUAACUCCGAAUUUUGGAGGGACAAAGAUAAUAUGAUUAAACGUAAAUAUGUAAAGUAAAUUUAUUUAUGGAAAUAUAUCGACUUCCUUUUGUAUACAAAUUA